UUUCCAGACAUGUUACGAGAUGGAGUUGUACCUCCGGGAGGAACCACCGCGGAUGAAGCGGGCUCCUCCCGCCGAGGAAGACUGGGCGAGAUCGAUGACUGCUCCUCUGACGCCACCAUCACCUCCAUCGCCUGUCUCCCCACCUUCUCCGCUACCAUUCAUAACCACUAUGGUCAAGAGUGAACCGCCAAGCGACUCGGAUGAGCCCAGAGAUGAGCCUGCAAGUCCGGCUCCAGCGCGGCGUCACGCAGUCCGACACCACGCGCACACCCAUCCCGAUCCGCGCCGCCGAGUGCACCGCUGUGAAUUUCCCGCUUGCGACAAGGUCUACACCAAGAGCUCGCAUCUUAAGGCCCAUAAGAGGACCCACACAGGCGAAAAGCCGUAUAAGUGUUCAUGGGAGGGCUGUGAAUGGCGAUUCGCACGCUCCGACGAACUGACGCGGCACUACCGUAAGCACACCGGCGCCAAGCCGUUCCGCUGCCGCCACUGCGAUCGCUGCUUCUCUCGCUCCGACCACUUGGCGCUCCAUGCCAAGCGCCACGCGUAGCCCGCCCCAAUGCCGCCCGCUGCCACCAAACGCAAUCGGAACAGGAAACCGAAGCGCUAAAUAGUGAUGCGAACGCGCGCCAUUCUAUGUGUGAUUCUGUUUACGUAUAAGUUGUUGUGAGUUGUAAUUUUGUGAUCCUAUGGAAUUGAACGUUAAAAUGAUCAUGUUCGGUUCGCUUUGUGCAAAUUGUUUGGGCGCGCGUUUCAGCGGGCGGUGUUAGGCGGUACAAGCCAAAGAAAUGCUACGUACAGUAGUAGAGUCAAAACUCAUCGCACCUAAUGCUUUAAAUUUUUUUAUUUUUUUGUAUAAUUUUUGAGAAUGGAAAGUUUAAAAUCUCUUUUCUGUUUCGGCACCGGCCUCCUUUGUCGUUACGGUUCUUUGUUGCAAUAGAGGAUUUAUAUUUGCCGUUGUUUAUUAUUAAUGUUUUGUGAGCUUCGUGUGUACAGAGAUGUUUGUUUAGAGGACGCGAGGUCGCUAAGCGGCCACGUGGAUCCGUUGUGUGCCAUCGGCGGGGGGCGGCAGUAGCACGCGCUUUUCUAAUGCGCUACACAUGAAAGGAACAUAGCGGACUAAACGCGUUGCGGGUACGCAGGUGUUGGAAUAUGCCCGGCGUAUAGUUGUCCACUUCGGAAACGGUCCCCUGGAUCCAAAUGUCGUGCGUGUACAACACGUAAAACACCCUUUCAUCUGUAUCUCUUUAAAAGACGUCUCCUGCACCCCGCCGUCCCCCCGGCCCGCAUUUACGAUCACGUGACAUAUUAUUUAUUGGCUGAUGUUCGGCUGAUAAUCCCACCGAUGCCGAGCACAAUCUUAUAUUUAGGCUUAGUAGGAUGUGCGUCACGUUACCUGGUAACCAAUAAUAGGACUACACGUGACAAAAACUUCAAAAACCUAGACAUGGAAUGUUGUAUUUUGGUCACGUUCAAUUAUCGACAUUACUGAAUUGCACAUAAUUCAAUUAAUUUUAUAGUCCACUUUUUUAAUAAGGUAGUACUAUGAAAUUAUUAUUUUUUCUAUUUUAUAGUAACAUUAUUUUAUUAUUGCAAGGAAGCUGAUUCAGAAAAUUUGGAAUUGCAAACACAUGUUGUUUAUAUUAUUUUAUUUUUAUUUUAUCUUAUAUUCUUAUAUCAAUGGCGCAAUAAUGUAACUUUGAACGUUUAAAAAUGCAGCAUUAAAUCCAUACAUCAUAUAGAUUUUUGAAAAAAAGGUCUUAUUACUGGUGAUAAUUAAUAAUCGAUGACCGCCCGGCCAGCCUCGCUUUACGCAUUGUUAAUAACUUUUAAAAUUACGUUGGUUAUUUGUUAAUCUAUGGCUGGCGGUAGUUGCGAACAAAUUUAUUCAGAUAUUUGAUUAAAUCGAAUGUUGUGUUACCUCAUUUACAAACAUGGUUGAUAUUGAACUCAUUAUUCUACUUGAUGUAAAUCGUUUAAAAUGUUAUAUAAGGCUGUCCGCGACGGUACAUCGACACAAAGUAUGUUAAUUUUGUACUACUUAUAUUUACGUUAAGCUGUAUCUUGACUCUUUCAUUCCGAUGUUUUCGCUCUACUGUGCAGACGUUAUCGGUUCUGCGGAACCUAAUGUACCGCUUGCUCUGCACAGAUUUGAGAUUUAUUUCUAGGAUUAAUCGUACUCCUUUGCACACAUAGCGUUUUGUGUAUUUUCCAAAUUGUAAGCCUACAGGGAGGGUUUUAUUAGUAGGUACAUAAUGUUGUUUUGUAUGUCCGCUAAGCGUGCAAAGGCGUUACAGCAUGUUGAUUCUGAAGCACAGUCGCUAGUAGAAGAAGUUGGUCAAGGACUGCGUCUGAGUUCGCAGGGCUGCGGCGACGUUGACGACGAAGCGUUGCAGUGGCAAACCAAAUGCUGCUGUUUACAUACUUAGUAAAUUUUCCAUCAAGUGGCAGAUACCUACGUAUAAACAACAGGGUGAUGCGUAAGUUAGAUCUUUUUGGUAGCGCUCAAAUAGACCGUAGCAUGUAGCAAAAAAUGUUAUAAACAUCUUAUAUGAAAUUGAUGUUUCGUUCUUUUUGAUAAAUUUUUAGUACACACGAGUACAACGACUGCAAAUUGCUAAAAUACUGCCGUAGAUAGACCGUGGGGACUGCGUAUUAUACAAUUUUCAACUGAAAUUAGUGCAAAAUUAAGGCUCUGGAUGUUUGGUUGUCGUCAAUCGUGCCAACGUGACUUCAAUGCUUGAAAUGCUGGUUCAGGAUAAAGUGCACAUUUACGCUACGUCGGAUCAAUCACGGGCAAUAAUACGAUUGAACAACAGUUUGACUGUUCCUGAAUGUUCGAAAAUACCUCUCUGGGGCCAAUAUACGUUAGUCUCUCCAAAAUUUUAUAGUUUCUUAUGAUUUUCAGCGCAACCUAAAAAUCCUGUGAUCUCGUGCACAUUGAAUACAUUUUAUGACAGUUCACUGUCUGUAAUGUGCUAAAAUUCAAAAGUAAACUUAUUAUUAAUUUUGAAAGAAUUUUUUACUACAUACUUAAGGAAUAGUUGAAAAGUGAAUUCAUAUUGCAUACAAUGCACUGCCAUAAUCACAAUUACCUAUUGAAUAUAUGUGUAUUGUAUCGUAUAUCUUCAUAUAUUAACACUUUUACCAUCACAUUUGCAAGUCAGAGAUAACGACGUAAAUUUUAGCUGUAAAUUAUUUUUUUAAAUAAGUUUCUCUUUUUUCAAUCCACGCUAUUAUAUCAUGGGCAUAUUAUUAUCGAUCCCAACCUAUCUUCUCCAUAAAUGGAACUAUGAGUUAUGAGUAUAUUGCGUUCGGUUAUUUUUUUAUCGACUUAGCAAAUUUUAGUACAAAAAAUUGGGAGUUGUUUAUAUAUUUCUUCUUUAUUAUCGUAUUAGUAUCAUAAAUACCGAAAAGCCUUUGGAUCUUCCUGUUAAUUACUCAAUAAUUUAACACAGAAGAUUAUCUUACAUUACUACGCAACUGUUACUAUCAGUUACAUAUGUAUUUCCUGUAGUUUACAUUGAGUACAUAAGAUGGUUCUUGUGUAAUAAGCUUCGCAAAAGGUGAGAGGUUUCAUCGUGUUUUCGUGUUAUUUUAGUUUCAUUCAAAUUGGUCAGUACUUUUUAUUGUUACUACAAAAAUAUACAAGAUUGUUUUUAGUGUAUACUUUUAAACAAAAGUACCUUUUGCGACUGGAAAGUCGCCGUAAUUGUAUUUAGCUUUUGAAUGUAUAAAAUAAUUAGCACAAACUCAUAUACAUACAUUAUUUAGGCAUUUAUAUUCGUCUUAAUAAAUUAGUUUAAAAAUGACGACCGUUUUUCUUCUCAAAUUUUUUGGGCUGUUUUAAUAAUCUGACUGCUUUUUACUAUGAGUCUUAGCUAGACUAAAUAGAAUAAGGUAUUUCAAUAGACACUGCCGGUUAAAUGGGCGCCGUGAUUUGGGUUAUGUAGGGCUAUCUACACGGUCUACUCUCGAUGACCUCGCCGUGCGUAUUGGGUUCGAUUUCAGUGAUCGCGGAGACUAUCCUUACGUUCGCGGUUGAUUUGCAUACACCGCGGAUUUAACGUAAUCUCAGACUCAUGACACAUGGCGCCGCGGCGGCGACGAUUUUUGCCCCAGGAGUCAUACCGCGAUACUGUUGCGCACACGAACUGCAGCCCAUGCGGCGUAACCAAUUAAAAUAGUACGUUAAUUGUAGAGAAUUACGGUAGUGCGGCAAAUUACAGGCACAUGGGACUUGUCAACUUAUGACUCAAGGCGACGGGUGCAGUGGCAGUGCCGCUCAGAUCUUUGCGAUUUAGAGCUCUGAGUGGCACUGCGAAUGUUGUGGAUAGGCGUGUACCUUAUCAUCAGGAGCACUACUUGUGCGUCCCGUCACUUGAUAUUUUAAAAAAAAAUUGCUCGCCGCCGCGAAGCGUGUAUGAAUUUCUGUACAUAAACCCAAGGUCAACUACGGACUACAGUCCCGUGUGUAACCAGCCUAAGAGGGCUGGAGCGCACGAUCUCAAUGGUUAGUAUACGUCGCUAUCAGUAGCGAGGGCCCAAUUACGUCAGCGUAAUUGGACCUUCGAACUCCGCAUCCAAUUUCAAUUAACUAAAAAAUAUUUUUAACGGUAAAUUUUAAAAUUUCCACCCAUUGUUGAAUAGUAUAUUUUUCCCAUGGUUAACUUUGUGUAACCUAAUAUAGAAUAAAAAGUAAUGUGACAAAUAUAUCUAUUAAAUAUUAUCAAAUAUGAUUGUUAAAUGGAGUGUCACUAUUGAAAUACCCGUUAUAUGGAUAUACAUUAUUUGUAGAUACAAAUAUUAUUGGUCUUUUUAUUUCCAUUUUCUAGUAAAAUAUUAAAUGUUCUAGUUGAUAGAGCGAAUAUGUUGUCAAAAAUCAUUAUCUUAAGGAAUAUAUAAAAAAUAAAUGUGAUUCA